UGAUCAAAAAAUCCACAGGUGGCUUUCACAAUAUGGCGCUCCACGAUCUCUUCUUUAUACAGUUAUAGCAAUUAAAUGGAACUUUAACACCUUCAAAUUUUCUAGGGACGUUUUUUACAGCUUUUACAGCUAUAGGCUUGAGGGCUAUCGCUAUGGGAUAAAAGGAUGCGAAAUAUGAAAUCAAAGAGGCGCGCCGAGUUUCUCGAUCCGUGGAUGACGAUGGUACUGUAAAUAAAUAGUAGUUUGACUUGUUAGUAUGUGGAAGUGCUAACGUGCCUUUCUAAGCCUUGGAUCGAGCCCUGUAACACAUGAUUUAUGUCGUUCCACAAGUUUCUCGUGGGUCUGGUCUCGGUUCUUUCUAUCUGUCUUGUGUCGUUAUGGAUCAAGCAUUUUGUUGGAGGACCAGUCAGAAAGAUCACAAAACGAUCAGCUCCGCCACCGAUGAAACCAUUCCAUUUUCCGCGCAACUAUCACGCGACAGGAAAACUUCAGUUGCCUCACAGUAAGAUAGAGGAGCCAUUUGAGGUGUGGUUUUCAGCCCAGCAUAAUCGGAGUCGGAUUGAUUACUACUAUGGAACGGAUCGCACAUUCCAACGUGCAGAUGUAGGACCCCACGGAGAAGCGUUCAAAAUCGUUCCCAUGUACACGGACGAGAAAGGCGGGUACAUUGGGUGCUGGCACCUCGAGGGGACAGAGAGAACACCCAUCGUGGUGCAACCUAUAGUCCCGAACAUGACAGACUUUAAGUUCGCUGGUUAUGAGGUGUACCACGGCGCCUCCACCGCCAAAUGGGAGUACCGUUACUUGGCAUUCGGCCUGAUGAACGCGCAUACCAUAUGGGUAACGACCGCUGACCCUCCACGCCCGGUGCGUUAUGAGAUGAAAGGCUACGACAAUCUCCUCGCAUCUUACUACGAUAAUUACGUGCUGGAAUAUAUAUCAUUUGAAGAGUGGAAACCGGACUUGGACAGAUUCGAGUUACCAAAAGGAUCAGAGUGUUAUAAUCUGUCUCACUCGUUCGACCGUCACUUUGUCAGUAAUCCGAUGCAAGAAUUCAUGUCUUACGGUAAAGUGGACUUCGCCAUUGAACGCAUGUACAGAAAGUAUCAAGGACAGCAUAACAAGCAGUACGACUCAGAGCACGAGGUCUCGAAGAGAAAGCACAUCUUUAGACAUAAUAUGAGGUACAUUCGAUCAAUAAACAGGAAAAACCUGAAAUACAAGCUGGCGCCGAAUCACUUCGUGGACUUGACAGAUGGAGAGUACGAUCAACAUAAAGGCAUUAAACCGGACACAAGCACAAACCACACUGGGGGCGUGCCACUGCAACCACACCAUCGAAAGUACAGCAACAUGAGUCACGUGCUGCAACGAGUCGAUGUCCCGGAUGAGCUGGACUGGAGGGAUUACGGAGCGGUGAGCCCGGUACGCGGUCAAGGCAUCUGUGGGUCGUGUUACGCGCUCGCUGCCGUGGGUGCUGUGGAGGGGGCCUACUUCAUGAAGACCGGAAAAUUGAAGGAGCUCUCGGCACAGCAAGUGAUUGACUGCUCAUGGGGAUCCGGUAACCGUGGAUGUAAGGGCGGCUACUACAACAAGGCAAUGAGCUGGAUCUACCUGCAUGGUAUUGCCUCUGCGGAGAGCUACGGGCCGUAUCUAGGGCAGGAGGGGACGUGCAGGAUAGAGGGCCUUCGUAGAGCUGCUGCCAUCGACGCGUUCGCGUUUGUUCCCAAGUACAACAACACGGCGCUGAAGAUCUCGGUUGCAAGAUUCGGGCCUGCCGUAGUGUCUAUCAACGAGAAUCCUCUAUCGCUCAAGUUCUACAGCUGGGGACUUUAUGACGACCCCGAAUGUGACAGCAGUUCAAGUGUGCACUCCGUGCUGGUGGUCGGGUACGGCGUGGAGGACGGUGAGCCGUACUGGCUGGUCAAGAAUUCCUGGUCCACCACAUGGGGUAUGGAUGGCUACAUUAAGAUUGCCUGGAAACGGAAUACCUGUGGUGUUACAAGGAACCCUGUGGUAGCACUCAUUAAGCACACCACGUUUCAUUUCCCAUCUCAAGAGAGAUCAACCAAAAAAGCGAAAACUGCCACAGCCAAAAAUCACGAGCGCGCAUGGCAUCGGUAUAAACCAAACGGUGCCGAAAUUAAAGCAUUAAAUUCCAUACCCCAAGGAUCUCAAAAUAUGCUUCUAGUAGAUAGCGAGUCAUUGCAGGACUUAAAGCACAUGCAGCAUCACUUUAAUCGAGAGCUUAACGUGAGGAAGUUCACGUCACGGGCUGCGAGACUGAGGUACGAGAGGAAACGGAAGCGCAAGCAAGCAGCGAAACAAGCCACGCGAGAUUCAACAGACGCAGCGAAACAAGCCACGCGAGAUUCAACAGACGUAGUGAAACAAGCCACGCGAGAUUCAACAGGGACAACUGUUGCGGUGAAGCCGCAACCAACAGGCUUUGCGAAGAAGCACAAACAAACAACACAUUCAAAUAAAGAAAACACAGAAAAAAAUGUAGAAAUUCAGACUACAGGAUUACCUCACAUAGAUACGACUAAAGCAAACUUUGGGGAAACGCCAUUACUUGCUGAGCAAAUGUCGGCAACCAAGUUGCCUACAACGACAAGCGGAGACAAAUCCAGACAAGAAAAUGCUAGCCAUGCUGGACCCCCAACAGAGGAGCCAUCACCGCUAAAGCCAUUUGCAGGAAAGUUACAGGAUAUCUACGAAAAUCUGAAUAAAUUGAUAGAAACCAGUGUUCACUGGAAAAAUCGGGAACACGCUCUGCGCUAUAGUCAUGAAAGCUAAAUGGCGUAGAGAAUGUAAACUGUGCAAGCGUUUUACCAUGCCCAUUAGUACAAGGGCGUAUAGCGCGAGAACUAUUUUCUUUUGACAAAAAGACUUAAAAAUCUUUUCAAUAAGAAAAAUAUGCACAAACUCUUAAUAACAGAGACAUUAUGUCUGACAAAAUGUCAUUAGGUUUUGUAAACAGUAAGCGGUGAAGGAGUCAAUUUUGUUAAAAAAUUGUUAACAUAUGACAGAGCACUUACUAGCUUGGUUGAUUCGGCUUUUUGCUCGUCAUGUAAGCAGUGAGAGGUUGAUGAAUCCAAGCGUGUGAGCACUUCGUACAUGGCGCCCAUGCAGUUUUCUUAUAGCUUUUUCUAGCUUUGUAUUUCUAGCAUUUUAAGUAAUAUCCAUUUCAGUUUCUAAAAAUAUAAUUUGUUCACAACUGUAUACUCUAACAUUUUCAUAUGUUAGCUUUUAAUGACAAUAAAAACACAAUCCUCUA